UGGGAGGCCGUUGAAACGGUGUGAACUUAGAAAACAUUCCAGUAAUGUGUUUACAAUGUGAUUUUUAAACGUUUUUCGUGUAACUGACUGGAAUUUAUUUGGAAUUUUAUUGCUGGUGUUUUAUUUUUGUCGCGUGGAUUACAAGUGCCGAUAUGGUGAAAUCGGAAGAAGUUCGGGACCGUCAAAAACUCGCAAACUUGAUAACUCAGUGGAACUUAGAUCAUUACGAUCUUUUUGAAUUAAGUCCGCCAAAUGAGAACCUCGAAUUCCAUGGGGUGGUGAGGUUUUACUUCCAGGACGAGGACCACAAUGUUGUCACAAAGUGUAUCCGCGUGUCAAGCACGGCGACCACACGAGAGGUCACCAACGUCCUCGUGGAGAAGUUCCGCCCAGACAUGCGCAUGCUCACAACCAACAGAUAUAAUCUGUUUGAGGUCCACAUAAAUGGGGAGGAGCGUAAGUUGCUGGAUGAUGAGCGUGUGCUGUAUGUGCAGCUCAACUGGGGCAAGGAUGUUCGUGAAGGACGCUUUCUCCUCCGCAGAGAGGGUGCCUCCGCUGCGCCUGAGAAGGAAACUGCACAAAACUUCAAGAGAAAACUUUCAAAACGAGAGAAAAAGGAAAAGAAGAAAGCUGAUAAAGAGCGCCGAAUGAACAAAGAAAAUGUGGAUGACAAGGGCAGUGGUGUGGCCAAGCAGUUGUACGACGAUGCCCCUGAGACAAGCUUCACAAGGAGUAUUUCCAACCCAGAGGCAGUGAUGAGGCGACGACGACAGCAGAAACUGGAGAAAAAGCUGCAACAGUUCCACGGUCAAAAUGGACAAGGAGGGACAUUGAAGAUCUAUGGUGAGACAUUGAAGCCUGACAUCCCCUACAAGACUCUGCUGCUGUCCACCGCAGAUACUGUGCAGCAUGUUAUCAAGGAGGCAAUGGAGAAAUAUGGAGUCGACACAGAGGAUACCACACAGUUUGUACUUGUGGAGGUGUUAGUACCCCCAGGGGAGCGCGAGUACCAUGGAGGCAGGAUGGGGGAGGAGAGGGUGAUGGAUGAUGAUGAAUGUCCUCUCGCAAUCGCAAUGCAGCAUCCACCCAGCAGAGGUAUGCUGAUGUUCCAACUGAAGAGGAAGAAUGCCGACAUGAUCAAACCAAAGUACAAACGGCAGCGCGCUGUGUCACACGAGGACCUGCGGUCGUCACGGGAACCAACAGCAUCACAGACCCCGCCCAAUAAACUGCCCUUCCUUGUGGAACUUAACCCUGAUGGUACAGAGAACCUGAAGGGACAUGUUCACCGCCUGCAUCUGGACGUGACGGAGGUGGGACGGGAGAAAUCUGCCUCCCCUAAUGGACAGUAUCUGCAGUUGACGGGGCCAAAUAUCCAGCCGCGACACUGUGUGAUUGCCCACACUGGUGGGAUUGUGACGGUCACGCCCAAGACCCAGGGUGCAGAGACGUAUGUGAACAAUGUAAGAGUAUCAGAGACCACCCUCCUGCAGCACGGCAUGACUGUCCGGUUCGGCAAACACCACGCAUUCAGGUUCUUCGAUCCUGCGUGGGAAGAGAAUCAGCGUAAGGGACCAGUACCCCAAGAGAUGGCCCAGAUGUCAAGGCAGGGAGCCCCAGGGCCUGGAUUCCCCCACCCACGAGGAGCGCCCCAGGAGACAAACUUUGAUACGGAUGGGCGGGUGGAGACAGUGAUGGAUCAGGCCCGGGGCGGCCCCAUCCCCCAGAGGCAGGAGAGCAGACAGAGUGGGCACAGUAGUGUCCCUGGGAGCCAUGAGGAACACUCUCGUGGGUCGCCACAUGACGCUCACCUUGAUGGACCUGGUAGCAAGUUUGAAGAUGCUCUACCAGCAUCUCUUGAAUUCAAGGAUGAGAAAGAGAAUGAUUUCUUGAGCACUGUAAUCUUAGACACGAAUGCGUCUGCAACACAGUUCAAGCUGUCCCCCACGUACACACUGUACCUGGCAGUGAGAUUUCGCUUGUCAAGUGUGUACAGACCUGAAUUAACUCCCCACGACAGGGCACACAAACUUACUUCGGUCGUCAAUAAGAUUUCACAGAUGGUCCAUCAGGCAAUACAGAUGUUCUCACAGGACAAUCGUGACAACCCGGCAUCGCUAGCGUUCUGGAUGGCGAAUGCCUCAGAGGUUCUUCACUUCUUCAAGCAGGACCGGGACGUUCAUCCUUUCAGCCAAGAUUCACAGGAGAUGCUAGCCGAGGCGGUACAGAUGGCGUUCCAUCACCUGGUGCGUUGCCUACAGUACGACCUCCAAAGGACUCUUCCAGCAUUCCUUGAUGAGAACGAUGAUGACGGGGAAAUUGGUGAGGGACCCUCUAAUGAUAGGAGCAGAUACAAUAGGAACAAACCAACAAUGAUGGACAUUCUAGACACACUGUCAUCAGCCAUGAACCUGCUUCGUCGUUGCCGUGUGAACGCUGCCCUCACCAUCCAGCUGUUCUCCCAACUCUUCCAUUUCAUCAACAUGUGGGUGUUCAACAUUCUUGUCACAGAGAAAAGGCUCCAGCUGUGCACUAGAGUCUGGGGUAUACGACUCAAGAGGCGCCUGGGGCGGGUUGAGGCUUGGGCCGAGAAACAGGGCCUUGAGCUUGCUGCUGACUGCCACCUCUGUAGGAUUAUACAGGCUGCCCAUCUGUUACAAGCCCCCAAAAGCAGCCCAGACGACAUAGCCAACAUCAGCUCAACAUGCUUUAAGCUGAACUCUCUCCAGCUACGGGAACUGCUCGAACGCUACAUGCCAGAGCCCAUGGAGCCCCCGAUCCCACACAACCUGAUCGACCGGGUGGUGAGUGUAGCGGAGAACAUGGCAGACGACCUGAUACGCUCGGACGGCCGUGUCGUGCAACUUGAGGAAGAUCAGGAUCUACAGCUGCCCUUCCUGCUUCCGGAGGACGGAUACUCCUGCGACACAAUCAAAGGAGUUCCAAAUGGUCUGGCAGAUUUUAUUGAACCGUUGACUCGGCAGGGACUAUGCAGGAUGGCUCUACAGCCACAUGCCAAUUUGUGGACUGUGUACAUGUCUGAUGACGAGCCCUCUCAGAUUAUAGAGGAUAGCCUCCGUGAAAAGGGGCGUACCCCGGAGCACCCACGAGCCGACCCCAGGGGUGGGGCUGGGCCAGGAACCCCCGGUGGCAGGGAACCAGAGGUCGUUGUGGUGUCCUUCCCCAAGGUCAAGGGCAGCAUGGGGCUCAGCAUCGUUGCUGCCAAGGGUGACGGGCAGAGAGAGAAGGGCAUCUACAUCAAGUCUGUUGUGCCCGAGGGAGCAGCUGCUAUUGAUGGUCGACUGCAGGCCGGGGACCAACUACUAGAGGUUGAUGGGAAGAGUCUUGUUGGGCUCACGCAAGAAAAGGCUGCUGAAUUGAUGACAAAGACUGGUCAGACAGUGAAUCUGAAGGUCGCAAAGCAAGGUGCCAUCUACCACGGCCUCGCCCAGCUCCUUUCGCAACCAUCUCCCAUCAUGCCCAGAGCCUCCCCUCAGAAGGGCCCCAUGACCCCCAACAAGCAGCGUCCUGGUGAGGAUGGCCCACCCCCGUACAAUGGAAUGCCCGAGCCUGACCGCCGGCCGGGCAUGCACAAGUCAGACUCCCGCACCCUACCCCGGGACUUUAGGGGCCAGGGACUGCGAGGGCCUGAUAGUCGAUCCUCCCCAGCUCUUAACAGUGACCAGCCAAUGUCAGCUGCAGAACGAUUGCGCUUGCCUUCAGCUGGCAAUCUCCGUGACAACACUGGGCAGUUAAUGCAACAGAACCCAACCUCCCAUCACUACAACCCCCGUCACCGUGCCAACCGUGACAUGAUGGACAAGUCUAAGUCCAUUCCUAACCUUCACAUGGACAAUUCCAUGGACGGGCGCAUGGCCCAGGGAUCCAUGCGGCCAGCGCAUAGUGUUAGUGCCUUACAACAACAGCAACAACAACAGCGAGUACCAAACCCCCAUCAUGCAGACUACUACAAUCAGCCCCACUCCCUGGACGACUCUCGUAGCCAUGACUACGAGAACCAGCCUGUGAGACAGCCUGAGCCUGGUCGAGGGUACCCGGUCAAUGGUCAACCCUCGCCUGCCGGUCAGUUCCGCCCGCCCGGUCAGCCUUCCCCUGUCACUCGGCCGCCCCAGACACAGAACUUCGAGAGGCCCCAGUCACAGUUUUUCCCAAACCAAGAACGACCAGAGUUCCAGAAUGGUCGACCCAAGUCAGAGGAGAUAAACCCUGAACGUCUGCGGAACUUGCAAGAUAUGGACCGCAGUCAGGGCUCUCCACAUGAUAGCUUUGAAAACCGAACUCCUAACUAUAGCAAUAUUAGACAACAGCCAAAUUAUGCAAAUCAGGGAGAUAUUAGAAAAAUGGACGUAACUAAUCCGCCUAAACAACCAAAUUUAUAUGAGAAUGCAUAUCCAAGACAGCCGGAGGUGGGGCAGUCCUUCCAGCAGGUAAAACCGAGACCGCUGAGUGAAGUAGACAAGAGUCGUCCACCGACAGCCCCUAAACCAACAAAGUCACUUCCUAAUGUGCAACCUGUGGUUGAAAUGUCAAAAUCUGAAAUAGACAAUAGAAUGAAUCAGCCAAAUUUCUAUGGCCAACAGAAGCCAAUGUAUCCUAGCACUUCCUCACCAAACUACAACACAUCACCCAGUUCACAUUAUCAGAACACAAGCUUCAUAGAAGGCAGAGGUGAUAUAAGCUCAAAGAUGUCACCUAGUCAUAUGGACUACAUGAACAAGAAUCCUGACGAUAUGGCCCCCGAAUUGCCUCCCCCACCCAGCAUGGAAGAGCUUCAUGACGAAGAGUUGCCACCAUUGCCACCACCCCCAGUCACUGACUACAGACUGGAACAGAAGAUUCGUGAGGAACAAAACCGUAUGAUGCAAAUGCAGCAGCAACAACAGCAGCUUUCGGAUCCCAGCUACAGCAACCUGCCCCCACAGAGCAGCCGGAACCAGUCUUUUGUUGGGAACCAGUCACUUCCAGUUGGCUACCAGCCUCCCCCCGCCCCACACGGGUACCAGCCUGUCAUGUCACCUGGGUACCAGCCAGUACAGCCACAGUCACUGCCUGUUCAGCCAUUGGGAUAUAAUGCAAGUCAUGACUAUCAGAAUAUCAACUACCCAAACAGAAGUGGCGAGCACAGUCCGAGCACUCAACAGAAUAUGUAUGAGUCAUAUGACCCAAGAAAAGUGCCCCAACAGCAACAAGGCCGACCACCGAUCCACACACAGAUCAAGGACCAGCGGGAGGCCAUAGUGUCGCCAUGGCAGCGGGAGGAGCGGGAAAAGCAGCAGAAGCAGCAGCAGAAUGGGAUGAACCGCCUUAGGGAGAUGGAGAUCGCUGACCUGGAGGCGCGGCCCCAGCGCAGCCAUUUGGAGGAGGAGCGCCUCCGAAAGUUGAAACUGGAUCAGGAGUUCCAGAGACGCCUGGAGGAGGUCCAGGACAAUGAGGAGGAGGAGGACUCAGAUGAUGAGCGAAUUGUGAACCCGCGAAUGUCGAUCCACACGCUGCAGGAGGACCUUGUGAAGAGCCGCCUGAAGCUUGAGGACCAUGAGCAGAAACGCCAGUAUGAGGAGGUUGAGAAGGAGAAGGAGCGAAUGCAGAGGGGGAUAUUAAAAAAGCGACCUGCCUCUCAAACUGAGCCCGAGGAGCCAUUGGUUCCCACGGUGACUGUGCGGGCCGUGUCGAACGGACUGGAGCGACGAAUUGAGAUGUUCGAGCGCGAGAGGGAGGAGCAUCGUCAACGGCAACAGAAGCGGCUGGGGAAACAAGCCCGUGAACAGGAAGAAUAUCUCAGGAAGCAGAAGGAGGCUCGGGAGCAGCACAAGCGUGAGAUUGAGGAGAACCUCCGACAACAGCGCCUCGAGGAGGAGAGAUUGAAGGAGAAGAAACGCCAGGAGGACGAACGCAGACGGGAAAUGGAGCGACAGCGUGCACGAGAGCUGCAGGCCCAAAAGGACGCAGAGGAAGCUAGAGCCCGCGAAGAGAUCAGACGUCAGGAAGAGGAGUACCAGCGACAGCAGUUUGCUGAGCAGGAACGGAGACGACGUGAGGAGGAACGUGAGAUCAGGGUUGCAGAGGAACGCAAACGAUUGGAGGCACUCAACAACCAGCAGAACUUGUACUAUCAGCAAUAUGAAAACCUGCCCCCCCAAGGGUCAUCUAAGACUAUGCCAGAUAGUCGCUAUGGACAGCAAUUUUUACCCAAUCCUCCUGAAAGAGGGUCCUCUUAUAACGUGGGUCGGAAUGAGCAAUACAACAAUGGAGGGUAUAGGGUGAACAACCAAAACCCUCCUUCAACCUUUCGAUCAAGUCAGGAGAACAUCCAGAAAAAGACUGUUUCAUUCAACACCCAGCCUGAGCCCGGUCCUCCACGGAGUCCUGCCACCCAGCAGCCUCCCCAGUCGUCCUACCAGCCGUUCCAGCGAGCAUACAUGCCCCCAGCAGAACAGGCCAGGACCAGUUACUCCCCUUCACAGAGUGUGCCAGUGAGCUCAGUUAGCUCCCCUACUGUGAACAACAACGAUGUGAAAUAUCGCACACAAGAGAACACUCCAACUGUAAUAGGGUCCCAGGAAGUGUAUCGUGACCCAAGGUCGAGAAUUGAGGCCAAGAUGGCGAACAAAAAUAAACAAAAUACGGACAGGUUAUCAUUCAGAGACAAAAUGAAGUUUUUUGCUUCAGAGGCAGGGGAAAAUACACCAAAAGAAAAACCUAAAGCUUCAACAAGUCAGAGACGCAUAGAAUCUCAGCUAUUGUACAAUGGACAAUAAGAAAUGCAGGUUGAUAAUAUUUUGGCUGAAUUUUCUGAUAUGGAGGUCUUGUGAAGUGCUUUGAAUCUGUGUUCAUGAUAUUAUACAGAAAGGAGUUAUGUAAGAUAGGAAUUGAGAUAAGGAUGGACUUUUGGAAGAGAGAGAUUGUUGGACUGGUUUGAUAUUUUGUGGUGAGCUGAGAUAUUUCUUAGACUAUAUUGAACAAAAACCUCAGCAGAAUGGAUUUAUUAGUAUGGCAGGGCUUAAAAAGCGUUUGUUCAGAGCUAGAUGGGUUGUGAUCAUGGAGAACAUUUUAAGCAAUAAAUAUUUAUUGACUAAUUACAUUGAGGAUGGAAAUAAUGUGUAGGGGAGAGGUUUUCAUCCGAAAAGGCAUUUAUAUUCAUGUAUGUGGACAAAAUAGACUGUAUAUUAUCAGUAUAUGUAAAAUGUGUGACAGUAUAGAUGAUAUAGAUUAUAUGCAGUAAGCAUUCCAAUUUUUAAAAGGAAUAUGUGAUAUUUGUAUUGGGUUGUUUUUACUGUCUAAUAUAAAUACAGUUGUCAAUAGUCUACAUUGUGUGAUUAUUGUCAUAGAUGUGUAGGUAUUUUUUUAUACUCCUUGAAUGAUAUGCAUUCAUUUGUAUGGAACAUUAAGCUUGUAGAUAAUGUUUAAGUGUAGAAUGUUCUUAACACAUCUGGGUCUGGUGCAAUAAACAAGCAUUCAGGCCCAGUGUGUCGGGUUGUAAAAUAGUUUUUCCCUCUUUCAAUAAACUAGUUUGAAAUUGUGUAUCAAUACCAACUGUAAGAUAACUCCCUUAGCUAUGAGGUCUCCUGUAAUUCCUCAUGGGUUUUCUCCAAUGCAAACGUCAAGAACAACCAACGUUUAUAAAAGGUUGCAUAUAAGUUUAAACAAAACGUUGCUUCAAAUAAAAAGAAUAUUUUGUCACAAAAGAUGAACACAAACUCCUUUAAUGUAGUUUUAAAAUAUCAAACGAGGUGGUCUAGUAGAAGAAGGUAUCCGCCUCACACCCAAUAAAUCAUAGGUUCAAUUCCCACCAAGGUAACGUCCUUUUGGCAUCUUGAAAAGGGCGCAGUAAUGGUUUCUGACCAGCAAGUGGACACGAGACUGAUCCAUAUCCGCUUUCAGCUUUCUUCACAAUCAAGCAAAAAUUAAUAUAGUAUACACACAAGUAUCUUAGCUGCUGGUAAAUCAUUAUGAUACUGAGUUGGGUAGAUCAUGUAGUAUUUAUUUAUUGAAUAGUUAACUGAUAGAAAAUAGAAAUAUUCCAGUUGAAGCAUUGUGUCACAUUGUUACAUAGAUUUUAAAAUUGUCAUUGUAAUAAAGAGAUUUUGGUGUUGUAAGCGCAUGAUUUGUACACUGUAAAUAGCAUCUGUUAUGUUUUUGUACAGUAACAAAUUAGAUUAUUUUGUAUACAAUUUAAAUGACUAUUUCAUAUCAGAUGUUAAUACAUUAUCAUUGUAUGUACACAUUACUGGAAAAUCUCAGUUUACAUUUUAAUCUAUAAUUUUAUAUUAUUAUCAAUAUUUUCUAUUCCACUGUUGGCUUCAAAGGACAAGCAUAAUGUUACAUUAUCAGGUCAAACAUUUGAAAUAUAGAGAUACCUUGUACAUUGUUCAUUCAAAUCAAACUCAAAGUGAAGAUUUGAUUUUAUAUGGCCAUAUGUAAGUAUAUCAAACCCAUAUCACUGUUUUCUGUUGUCUCUAUGUUAAGGUAUUUGAUGUACAGUAUUGUGAACUGUGGACGCCUGCUGAACCCAUAUUAUCAUGGUAUCAUUUGGAAGGGUUUAAUCUGUAAAGGAAGAGUUAUGUGAAUAAUAUAGUAAUAAAAAAUACUGCAAACACGCUGUUUUGACUUUACAAGAUUUAAAAAUUGGUCACUUCACUACUGAUAAAAGUUGAAAUAAAGAACAAAAAUACAAACAUUAUUAUAAAUGUGUUUUCAGCAAAAACAAAUUACAUAUUAGUUAUGUGUAAGAAAGACCCUAAUUAUAUGGGUUCACCAGGCAUCGGAAAUUUAACAUUACGGCCGAUGUGGCGACGAGAUGACAAGUAUAUUUGUAUAAUGGCUACCCUACCAUACCAUGUGAAGCAUGAUAGAACCACUGUAUAUUGUCAUAUCUUUAAGCAUUUACCUACAUUGAUAGCUGGUCUAACAUUGAAUAUCCUUAUACUUCCUUAUACUUUUUGGUCAAACAAUAUCAGUUUAUAGAAGUGAUUUAUUAUCAUAUCCACCAUAUUUACAUCAUCAUUUCACGAACUCCGAAAAAUUGAUCAAAUAUGUCUUAAAUAUAUCCAGGAUAUUUAAUAGAGCGUCCUCUUAGUGCAAUAAUGCAAUAACUGCAUAAUUAUACAGAUAGAAGCAGAUAUUGCGUUCUUGCACCAAGGUGACGACUGAGGUACUUCAGGAAUAACAGUUUUCAUGUUUUCAUUAUAUCGGACCUUUGUACUGUUUGCUUACAAUGGAAAACAUAGUGGAUACAUUAAUACUCGGGAUAGUAUCGAUUGCUAUAAUUAUACUACACUGGACAGAGAAUGUUACACAAGUGAUAUAAGUAUGGUUGAUUAUCAAGAGUGCCUUAUGAAAAACUCAUAUGAGACAUAUCAAAAUAUUUGUUUCAUUGUGCACAAUUUUUUAUACACCAAUAAUUAUGUUUUUCUGUCAGUCAACUGCAGCUUUUGAUGGUUGUUUAUUACAGAAAUUGUAUUAUUAGAAGUCUGUGCCUAGACUCUCUUUAUGUGUGAGUUGUGAUCUGUUGACUGUUACGCUACUGUGUACAUGUAGAGGGCCUGCCCCAAUCUUUUGAAGCCAGAUACAUUACAAUAAUAUAUUAAACAUA